UCAGUGCAGCAAUAUUAUAUCAGAUUGGCCGAAAUAUCCGAAUGUGCGAAAUCUGAUUAAGUGAAACCCACUGUAUACAAUUAUACCUUGUUCUUUGUAUGAUGUUUCAUACAAAGCAGUUUGUUACUGGGCAUUUUUAAGGGGGGGGGGGGACCGCUGAGUAUGCAUUAAAGAAUUGCUGUAGUGGAUAUUUUUGGUUGUCUGUGCAGCUAAUAUUGGUGUUGUAAUUCAAUGUUUUAAAGAUUUUUUUUUUUUUUCCAGAUUGAUAAAAGGCGAUCGAUUGUUGAUGGAAGGACCCCUUUAGACGUCGCUCUAGAGAAGAACAACAUUGAGGCAGCUAAAUUGAUUUAUGCUGAUAUGAAUAAACGGGACAAUAAACGUCUUAAAACAGGCUGUGUUCCUUAUCUGCUCUCCACCAUUGACACAGGAAGCUACAACAGAGCAUCACUUGGCGUUAGAGCGGUAUGGAAACUGAACACUGCCCGUGGUAACAGACAGGGCAAUUCUGCAUUUUUGUUGGAGAGUGAACACCCUGAAUAUGAUUUCCGGAUUAAACACUGUCUGUUGAGUGGUGUGAAAAAAGAAACCCUUACUGCUUUUGCACAGCUGACAAAGGACAAUAUGGAUAGGGAGCUGAUGGAGAUGAUUCAUCUGGCUGUUAGCCGAGGUCACUUGGAACUUUCAGCGAAACUAAUGGAUGAUGCCUUUAAAAAUGGUGGAUAUGGCUUCAAUUUCCUGCACAGAGAUGUUUUGAAUUUUACCAAUGAAGAUCUCAAGUCAUUUGGAGGUGCUUCGGUCAGGAAAAAGCCAAUUGAUAAUGCUAUGAUAACUCCCCUUCACUGUGCUUGUAUAAACCCCAAUGUUAAAUACUUGGAGAAACUGCUUUCGAUAGAACCAGAUUAUACCAUUGACGACAAGUAUGGGAGGAAGCCGAUUCACUUUGCAGCAGCCUGUAAAGGAACAGGGCCCCUGGAACUGUUGCUGAAGAAAGGAGCCACGCCUAAUGAUGUGACGAAGAGAAAGGUUACUCCUCUACACUCUGCCUGUUACGCUGGUCGGAGUGAAAAUGCUGAAAUCCUUCUUAAAAAAGCUAAAUCAAUGAAUACGGAUGAUCAGCUGGUCUCUAAAUGGGGAGAAGGUGGGGUGAACAGACCUACAUGGGAGUCCGUUUGUCCAAUACACAUAGCGGCUCAGAAUGGAGACCUUGAUGUACUGGAUGUGCUUCUGAAAUUCGGUGCCAACAUCAACAAGUCCCUAUCAGCUGGCAAGGACAAGUUAACUCCCUUGAUGUUAGCUUCAGCUCAUGGACAUCUUGGUGUUGUCAGACGACUCAUCGAUGGGGGAGCCACAGUGGAACUUCUAGACAAAUACAAGCGAACAGCUCUAACACAUGCAGUCAUGAAUGGCAAUGCAAAUGUGGCAUCAUACCUGUUGUAUUUGGGUGCAGACCCUAACCGAGUGGAUAGUUCGGGAAAUUCUCUGGUGCAUUAUGCAGCAGCGUAUGGAUGGUAUUUUGUUCUAAAGUUGCUUGUCAAUGAGGGAGGAGCUAAACCCACGGUGGCCAAUGACUGGCAGCUUACCCCAGUAGGUGUGGCUUAUCUGAAGGGACACAUGGGAUUGGUGGAUUUCUUACUAAAGAUGCCUGGGGUUGAUGUGAAUUUUAAAAAUGACACAGGGCAGACCCUGAUCAGUAUAGCCUGCAGUAGUAAGAUAGAGAAAGGGCUUCUGGAACAGGUCUCCUACAUUCUGGAUAAAGGGGCAGACCCUACAAUUGUUGACAUCGAUGGGUUUAACGCUUUGCAUCAUUUGUGUCACAAUUCAUCAAACAGCAAAGAGGAUGAUUCUGUUAACAUUGCUAAACUGCUGAUGAAAGCAGGAUGUAACCUCAAAGCAAAAACUAACAACAAUCAAACGGCUGUGAUGUUGGCCCUCGCGAAGGUAAACACAAAGUUAGUGAAGUUUUUGAUAGAGGAAGGGGGAACAAUCACGACGGAGAAGAAUGACAAGGGACAGAACUCUUUGCACUUGUUGACGAUGCACUGUACUAGCUUGGAGCUGGCAUCUCUUCUGAGGACUUUUCAUAAAGAAGCUUCCAAGAAUGAUGUGAAAGAAAAUGGCAUUGAUGACAGAAUGGAUGGCGUGAAGAAUGCCCCCACCACCAAAGUGCCUAGUCUGAAGAAACAGUCGUCUUUCCAGUCGGCCUUGGGCGUUCUCCAACAGAUGGUCAACGAGUAUGAUGAUCAAGGCUUCACCCCACUCCUCCUGGCCUGUGAGAAGUACAAGGACUACAUGAAAGAACGCAGGCAUGAUAGAAAUCAAGAUGGAGUCCAGUACUGCUUGGAUUACAUAAAGACACUUAUUGAAAUCACUAAGGUGAAAUGUAACCAGUGUGUGAAAGAAAAAGAAAAAGACAAAGGAAAAUAUGGUCUGUACACCCCGGGACAUUUUAUGGUCCAGGCAGCAGCGAAGUGGGAUAAGGAGGGAAAGGGUAUGAAAUACUUCUUGUCACAGAAACUAAACUUAGAGAGUGCAGACACCGAUGGAAAGACCCCUCUCGCUCUGGCUGUCACCCAUAACUUACUGGAAAUUGUAAAAAUGUUGAUAGACGCAGGAGCAAAGGCUGAUACAGAUUAUUAUGUAAACAAAGAGAAAGGGACCACAGUGAGCGUGGUUAAUACAGUAGCACUAAGCGGAUCAGAGGAAAUGUUGAAAUGUUUGUUAGCCGCCGCUGGGAAUGUUUCAACCUUUCAAAACACUGAUACCAAGAGAUCCCCGUUACAUGAGCUGGCUAUUAGGAAAGGUUCUUCAGGUACGUCCAUAUCACAAAAGUUGAACAUGUGUGAAGCACUGCUGAAGACUGGAGCGUCUGUGAAUGCCACGGAUAAGUGGAACAGAACCCCUCUACACUACAGUGUCAGCUCCAACCCCGGCACAGCUGAUGCCAGCACAGCAUUAGAAGAGUUCCUCAUAGAUAACAAAGCAGAUCUCUUCCUCAAGUGCAGUCUGGGUAGAACCCCACUUCACUACACUUUUGACAAAGUGGACAGAUUUGGGGAGUCCUCGGCUGUGGAUCCGAUUGAACUGUGUAGUUUACUGACCGGUGCCAUGAAGGGAGACCACAUUGAUGAUGGAGAUAAAAACGGACAGUCAGCUCUCCACUUAGCAGCACAAAGAGGAGCCACCAUCUGCUGUGUCCACCUCCUGCAACAGAAAAAUGUGGAGAUAAACAGAAAAGAUGUUAAUGGGAACACGCCAUUGUCGUUAGCAGUGAGCAGGGGUCAUGACAGCUGUGCGAUAAUGCUGAUCCAGAAAGGAGCAAGUGUAAAUGAGAAGGUUGUGAACGAGGCUCUGAAGUAUGAGGAACAAGAAAAUAAGGAGGAAGAUAAACUUGCAGAGUCACACAACUGGAUCUGGAAGUAUGCCAAGCCUGUAGAAAUUGCAGAGAAAAAGGAAUUCUCCAUAUUCCAGGACUGUAUAAAAAAAGAACAGCAGGGUGUGGCAUACAUGGUGCUUGACGCAGUUGAUAUCGGUGCUUCCAUGGUGGAGGCAGCUCUGAAAGUGAACAAAUUAAAUGUGGCACUGAGAGUUCUGAAGAGAAUCAAAGACAACAGCAAGGUUCAGGCAUUGAAUGGACAGAAACAGAACCUGUUUCACAUUCUGGCUCUCUAUACCAACUCUGCGAACCAAACAGAAUCCCAGUACAAGGUGGCAGAAGUUUUGAAGGCUCGGGGGGUGUCCCUGAAUGACACGGAUGAGAAUGGUUGUAUUCCUCUUCAUUAUGCAGCAUUGAAGCAUCAACCCUAUCAUCUAGCCAAAUUCUAUAUAGAAAAUGACAAAAAUUUUGAACCAAAUAAGAAAGACAAGUUUGAUAGAACGGUAUUGGCAGCAUAUCUGUGGGGCUGGGAUUUCUCAAAAGUUUUGUCAGAUGAUGUUAAACAAUGGUUGAAGCUUCUGACAGACAGGGGAAGUAACUACAACUUUUUAUGUGAUUUCUCCACAUCAGAUCAUCCCAAGUUUGGUGUUUUAUUGAGAGACACUCCGAACUACUUCACUACUGCCAGCUCCUACCGAAUCUCACCCCUCAUCCUGGCCAUCAAUGGCUUUCACUUUGAAAUGACCAAGUUCCUGUUACAGAACGGAGCCUCAGCUAACUUUGCUGACAGCCAAGGCCUCACACCUUUGAUGCAUGCUGUGAAAAAGAAUGAUGUGAACCUUGUCAAGUUGCUGCUCAAUGUAUCCUAUUGUCAUAAUGAAGGGCAAAGUACUCAAUUACAGGACCAAGGAGCAGGCCAAUUCUCGGGUUUUAAUCAGCAUUUUGGUGCCGGCCCAUUCACUUUUGGUGCACGCCCAUUCUCUCUUUUUAAACAGCAUUCUCGUCCGGUCUUCCACAUCGCAUCAGGCAAUGUGAAUAGUGGAUCAGAUGAUGAUGAUGAUGAAGGAAAGGAAGAAUCAGAAAAGGAAUCCUUGGAAGAAGCAGAGGAUGAAGCACAGGAUCAGGACGAUAAUGAAAGUCAAGAUUUUGAUCUGGAAGAUGAAGUGGAAAACUCUGAUGUAGAGGACAAUGAAUCAGGAAGCUCCGAACACAGCGAUCAGGACAGCGACAGAGACACCGACGUUAUGGAGGAUGACGAGGAGGUCCCAGAAAAGUUCCCUUCCAUCUUCAAAUCUUCCUCUAAAGAAAAAUCCACAGGAAAAGAAAACAGUCUAACAGAGAGUGAAAAGUGGUGGAAAGCAAACCAGGGAAAAUCUAUAACAAAGACCAGUGAUGUGAAUAUGAAUGCCACUGACCAUCAGGGCUGGACAUCAGUGCACCAUACAGUGUGUCCGCUGGAAGUGGGAACAUUUGAUAAUGAAGAAAUUUUGUCUGUUCUUGCCAAAUGUGGAGCAGACAUACAGAAGAAGGACCAUGCAGGGUUGUCUCCCUUGGACCACGCACUGAUCCGUGGAGCAUGUAAAUUGGCAGCAUUUCUCCAGAAACUCUCGGGUGUUGAGGAGGAGAAAAGGGAAAAACCAACAUUUGCCAGCAAUUCAGAUAUUGUGGAUCCUCUGUUGAAAACGGAUAGUAUUGAUUAUCAUGCUGAUGCAGAGGCUCUUCUGAAAAAGUUUGCAGCGGAGGACAUGGAAGUGGAUGGAAAGCCAGAGAAGGUGUUACCAGACAGUUGUUGUGUCAUAAAAGAUGUGGGAGAGGUUGUAUUUGACGAGUCUCAGGGAGUUGCCUAUGAUGCCUUGUUAUCUAAGGUGGAUGUGAGUCAAGGAAGAUGGGGCAUGUACAACUUCUAUCGCCUACAGAUUGUGUAUCAGAAGGGAAUCGACCUUUACAUUCUGUUCACACGUUGGGGUCGGAUUGGGGACAGUGGUCAGUACCAGCAUACCCCGUUCCAGUCCCAGGCCAGUGCAGUGACCGAGUUCUGCAAGAUCUUCAAGGCAAAGACGGGGAACGCAUGGACGAAUGUGAAAAAAUUUGAAAUUCAUGCAAAGAAAUACAGAUUAGUGAAGAGAGACGUGAAUCCAGAGAAAGCCCGUAAAAUAGAAUUCUGUCUCAAAUCGGACAUUCCAUCCAAAUUACCAAAAGCUUUACAGGAUCUGAUGAAGGAAUUGUCCAGUGUCAGCAUGUUAAACGCAGCUACCAAGAAGUGGAAUUUAGAUGAAGUCUUUAUGCCCUUCGGUCAGAUUAAGAAGGACACUUUGUUGGAAGGCAAGAAACUCCUCCUGCAGAUUGGGGAGGCGCUUAAAAGAAUAGAAGAUAAACAGUGUGCAGGGUCCCUCUCUCGGGAAGAGGAGGAGAAGGAGAGGACAGAGAUUGGGAGACUCUCUAAUGAAUACUACCACCUGGUUCCAAUGAAUGGGUAUGCCUUCGAGAAAGUUAGCCCAAUCUUUGAUGGGCGGGAACUGAAAGAGAAACUUGAAGUUCUUCAUCAUUUACUGGAACUGGAGUGUGCAAGUCAAAUACUAAUGGGCGCCCAAGUCCGAUUAAAAGAAUUGAAUCCCCUGGACUAUGUGUACCAAGCCAUGGGGUGUGGAAUAUCUCUGCUGGAUGAGGAAAGCUGUGAGGCUCAGUAUAUACUCAAGUACAUUUACAGUUCAUGUCAGAAGACUCGUGUUCAAGCAAUCUACAAAAUUUGCCGUCCUGGAGAAGAGGAACAUAUUCGAAAAAUGAAGCUGGAAAACCACAAACUACUGUGGCAUGGUAGCAGCACGGCAAACUUUAUAAGUAUUUUACACCGAGGCUUGUUAGUGGCACCCUCUGGAAUUCCCAUCACAGGACAUUUAUACGGAGAAGGAAUUUAUUCAUCAGACGCGUUUGCCAAAAGUGUGAAUUACUGCUACAAUACCAGUCAGGAUUCCAAAGCUAAAUUUGCUGUGUUAUGUGAGGUAGCACUAGGUAAAUCGCAAGUGAAAGAUCCCAACACCAAUUGUUUUAAUAGUGUGUUGAAGGACACAGACUUUAGAAGUCGUUUGGUGGAGGGAACUAAACAGCCGGAUGACGAUUUUACAGUGGCCAUGCCAGGAGGGUACAGGAUUCCACUUGGUAUGUUAGAAACAAAGGAUCAGAGUAUGGGUAGACACUAUGGCCCCACAUACAAUGAGUACAUCGUGGAAGACCACAGGCAGGUGUGUUUGAAGUACUUGGUACAGUUCACGGAGGCCAGCGCGAGAUAAUACAGAGUGUCGUCAGACUUCUAGUGCUUCGGUGGUACGUGGUGGAUCGAGUGUGGAGUCCCACAGACUGGACACAUUUAUGCUCAUACUUAUCAUUCAGGUACAGACAGGUAUAACUUAAUACAACGGUGGACGACAAGCCGGACAGACAGCAGCACUGUGUAUAGGGAAAUAUUUAACUCGCUAAUCUAUGGAAUGUGUACAAGGACAUUUUUAAACUCGGACGGGAGCGAUGGAGGCACUGUUGAUUCAAUAUUCUAUGGAAGCGCUGUACUUAGGGGCAUUUUCUAUUUUGGUUUGUAAUUCUAUGGAAGUGAAUUUUUUUGGAACUAAUGUUUAAUUUUUUUGGCUACAUGUUUUAAAAGAAAUGAAAUAUUUGAUGAUUAUUAGACGACAAUGUUAAGGCUGUUGUGAGUUUUUGUUGUUAGAUUGCACUGUUGUGUGUGACUCACUCUAGGUAGCUCUGCUGUAACAGUACAUGUAUGUCGUUUGUUAUCAUCAGCAUAAUUCGUCACGAGAAUGUUUUACAGAGAUUAUAAAGAACAGUGGAAAUAAUGACGCGUUGUUAUGUAGUCUUCAGAAUUAGUCAAGCCACAGAGAGGAAACUAUAUGUGUGCAAUUUCUCAUGUCCUCUUUGGGAACAUGUUUUUGUCAAGUAGUGAGAAGCAUAAUUUUAAUUCUGUGGGUUUUUUUAAUUGUUUUGUUUCCUUCUAGAGUGUCUUGUAAUGAAUUGAAAGCUGUCUAUUAUGAAAAUUUUCGUAGAUUAUGUACCGCACACAACUGUGCCUGAGAGAAAGCCGAAAGACAACAAACAAAAAAUACAGAGGGAGAAGAAAUAUUUAACGUUAUGCAGCCACUUCAAAAGUGUUAUUUUAAGAUAUAUGAAAUGUUAGCCAUGAUUUUAUAUUUAUUAGUCAUUAUACACUAACAUUUCCCUAUGUUAAUCAUGCUGGAAUUUUGAGGAAGAUUGAAUCUUCUGAACGUAGAAUUUUUACAUUCAUCAUACAAUGCACUGUUUCCAUCUUUUUUUUUUUGGACAUACUUACAUAUCAUAAAUAUUUGCAAAUAGAAUGCGUCUACUUGAUUUGUGUUGGUGAGACGUUGAUGUAGAUUUGGUAGUGGAUGUUGUGAUUCCAUCUUAGAGCUGUGUACAAUACAUUUCUGUAUGCUUCAUUGUAAACAACAUAACAAAUUGUAUUUUGAUAUAUCCUAAUAAACAUAAAAGCUCUA